CUGAAUGUUUCAGAAUCUCGUAUAAAUGUCUGAUAACAAUGAGAGACCAAAAGAGUAAGAGAGCAAAUAAAAAGAGUUAUAAUAGAAUUAGAAUUUUUUUAUCGACCUAAUAAACUUUAACCAAUAUAAUAUUCAUCGUAAUUUAUAAUUGAUUAAUUAACGAAUUUGUCAAACAAUUUAAAUUACAACAAUAAUCAUAAAUCACGUUAACGUGACUACAUUAAUAAAAAAAACUUUGUGUUGUUUUUUUAGAUACAAAUUUUGAUUGUUACAAGUUAAUCAUCACCUUUGUCAUCAUUGAUACAACAAUGUAAUUAACUACUGUCAUUGUUAAAUUGUGAUUAUAAUUUGAUUGUGUUCAUCAUCUUCAUUAAAAUAACUGAUUGUGAAUUUGAACAUAAUGUGAAUUGAAGUGAUAAAGUGUCUUGAUUUAGUUUCCACCAUAGACUACAAUUAAUUUAGAUUGUUGGAUAUCAAAUUUUUCUUUCUCUUAUUGGAUUAAUUGUUUGCCUUUCAUCAAAUCAACAUUUUCUUAAUUGUUUACAUUUAAAACAUACACAUACACAUACACUCACAAUGAUCAGCUCAAUGUGGAUAUUGUUAUUGUUGGUUUGUUUACCAUUGGUGACCUUGGGUCAAUUAAUCGUCAGUGUUAAUCAGACAAAUUCAUCAGGAAUCAAUUUGAUUAGUUCAAAGGAUACAACAAUUAAAUCAUCAACGAUAACGUUCACAACAAGUAUUGAAAAUAAUCAUACUGAAAGUCAAUCCUUGAUUGUUGCAAAUCAAACAUCACCAACUAAAUUGACAACUGAAAUAUCAAUUGUGAAAACAGAUUUAAAGAUUAAUGGAUCAACAACAAUUAACAAUAGCCCAUCUCAAUCAAGAUCGUUAAUCUCAUCGACAUCUCGUCAGCAAUUAAAUGGUACAAUUAAAGAAAAAUCAACAAACAAAUCAAAUUCUUUUGCUGCUCUGGUGGGACAGAAUUUUUCUCUUCCUUGUGAUAUUUCGGGUGAACAUAAGGACGAUACGAUUAUACUUAUACUUUGGUAUCGAAAUGAUUCACUUAGACCAAUUUAUACAGUUGAUGCUCGAAAAUCAAGCCUUAAAGAUGCUCCACAUUCAUCUGAAGUAGCAGAUCGAAUGAAUUUUACGAUAAAUUAUCCAAUUUCGAUGCUUUUUAUUGGAACUGUUGAAAAAGAAGAUGAAGCUGAGUACAAAUGCCGAAUUGAUUAUCGAAUUGGUCGAACUGUUUAUCGGACAAUAAGAUUAACCGUAUUAGAUUUUCCUGAAGACGAAGUUGAAGAAUCAGAAUAUCGUAAAGAUCCUUCAAGUUGGCCUCAGUAUAUCGCUAUCGUCGGUACCAAUACUGACCUUCACUGUAACACAACCUCACCCACUAAAGAUGAUUCAGUUGCCUUAAUCCUUUGGUACAAAGAUGACAUUGGUCAUCCUUUAUACUCAAUUGAUGCCCGAUCAAGUGAUAAUUUAUCUGAAGCGAAACACUUUUCGAGCACUGAAAGAGCAAAGCUAAAUUUAACCGAUUCUAUUUCGGUACUGACCUUAUCUCCGGUCAAAGAGCAAGACUCAGGGGAGUAUCGAUGUAGAGUUGACUUUAAACGUGGCCGAACAAUCAAUAGAUUUUUGAAUUUUCAAGUUAUUGUUCCAAUUAAACAAUUAGUGGUCUCAAGUGAUAAUGGACACAAAAUCAAAGACAUUGGUGGACCUUUCAAUGAAGGUCAACCUUUACAAUUAACUUGUGAAGCUCAAGGAGGAAAACCUUCACCUGUAAUUACCUGGUUUCGAGGAUCAACAAUUAUCGAUGAUACUUAUUUCAUGUCUUCCGAUGGUUCGAGUCUCAAUAUAUUACAUUUACCUCCACUUAAACGAGAUGAUUUAAUGAUGAUUAUCACUUGUAGAGCAACGAAUAACAAUUUAACUGAACCGGUGUCACAUUCAAUUGCCAUCGAUUUAAAUUUAAAACCAAAAGAGGUUCGAAUCAUCAAACCGAUAAGUAAAUUGACCAUUGGUAAAACUAUCGAACUUGUUUGCCAAUCAACCGGCUCCAAACCAUCGGCUCAUAUUAAAUGGACAAUCGGGUCAAAUGAAUUCGAUGGUAUCGGUGAAUCAACGUCCGAUGAUGGGUCAGUUACCACAAGCUUCUUAUCCUUUGUGCCUUCAAUUGAUGAUAACGGUAAAAGGUUAACAUGUACCGUUUGGAAUCCAAUGUUCACCGAUGAGACUCUUCAUGAUGAAAUGAUUCUCAACAUUAGUUAUACACCAAUUGUUUACCUUGCGAUGGGAGUUAGUUCAAGGAAUGAGAAAAUUCUUGCUGGAAGUGAUAUUUUCUUUGAAUGUAAUAUUCAGGCAAAUCCAAUGGCUGAAAAGAUGGGCUGGUAUUUUAAUGAUAAACUUUUAGUAUCAAAUUCAAGUGCUAAUAUUUUAAUUCAAAACAAUUCCCUGUUAAUCAAAGAUGUCUGGAAACACCAUGAAGGUCGUUAUAAGUGUUGGGCAGCAAAUGAUGAAGGACAAGGUUCAUCUGAUUCAAUUGACCUUAACAUUCAAUUUGCUCCAAUUUGUUCUGGUAAUCAUAGAGUAUAUUUUGGUGCUGCUUAUGGUGAACAAGUUGCAAUUACAUGUGAAGUUGAUGCUGACCCACCGGAGGUUAAAUUUACUUGGUCUUUCAAUGAAACCUCAUCUACACCUUCAUCAACAUCUUCAUCCCAAACUACACCUUUAUCAUUACCUUUAUUAUCAUCAACCAGUAACAAUAUUGAAUUGUUAUCCCUUGAUUAUAGUCAAAGUGGCCUUAAGUCAACAGCAACUUAUACACCUAAAUCCACAUCGGAUUAUGGUGUCCUCUUUUGUUGGGCGAAAAAUUCAAUCGGAUUAUCUAAAGAACCCUGUAGAUUUUAUAUUAUACCUGCUGGUCCACCCGAUCAACCUGAAAAUUGUACAAUAGCAAAUAUAACGAUGGACUCAUUAACUGUCUCUUGUUGGCCUGGUUAUAAUGGUGGACUCGAUCAAAGAUAUCACCUUGAGAUGCAUCUAGAUAAUCAGGAUGGUCCAUUAAUCCAAAAUCAAAGUACAACAGAUUAUCCUUUUUUCAUUGUUAAAUCCCUUUCCUCUGGUAAUCCUUAUACGAUUAACAUUUAUUCAACCAAUGUUAAGGGUCGAUCUGAUUAUGUUGUUCUAAGAGGAUCAACUCAACUUCAAGCUCAAUGGCACACAACAGAUUCUGUUGAGGAUAUUGUAAUCAAUCCGAUGACAUUGAUGCUUUUACUUACUUUAGGUGCCUUCAUGGUUCUAGGAUGUUUAACUAUGUUAAUAAUUAAAUUUAAACGUAGUAAACAACGAGAUGCUGAUUCUGUCAAGAUUGCAAUGAAUACAAUUUCUGAUGAAAGACUCCAGGGAAUCUUAAUGGAUCAAGACUGUAGUUCAAUCAAUUAUGGACCAGAUAUUGGUAUUAAUCAUGUAACCAAAUUUUGUGCUAAUCACACAAAUGACCUUUACGAUGACCACAAGACAAUUGACACAAUAAUCGUGCCUCAUUCAGGUGAUGCUAAUUUUCAUCGGAUUUGCCUUGAUAAUCAAGAUCUAUCGAUAACCAAUGAUAAUGAUAAACAGACCAAUGAGAUGCUUCAUGUUUGCCAUGUCGGCGAAGGACUAAUUGGUGCGAGUCCAAUGUUCAUUGAACAUAUUUACUGUCAUCAAGAUGACCCUCGAACUGGUCAUUCGUCCAGUGAUAUUUACUUUCGUGACAUGGUUGGUUAAAUUAUCCUUCUUUGGACAAUUAAUAUUUAAUUGUUACCAAACAAAAAGCCUCAAAAAUCAACUCUCAAGCCUUGAUUACUGAACAAUUGAACAUUUAUAUUGAUGUUAUAUUAACUGAAUCAUUCAACUGAUUUGUUUGAUUAACUGGUUUAAUUUAAAUCGCUUGAUCAACUAGAUUGAAUUAAUCAACUAUCAACUUGUCUCAACGACUAAUUUAUUUUCUUCAUUUGGAAACAAUCAAAAAUGUGCUCAACAAUUUACCAAACAAUUAAUUUUUUUUACUCGACAAUAAAUUGAUUGUUGGCAUAAGGAUAAUCAUGAUUAGAUUUAAAUAAUUAACUCGAUGCUCUUGAUUAAGUGCCUUAAUCAACUUUGGAUCUAAUGUUUUUUUUUCAACAAAAGUUUCUUAGUUAUAACUAAAUCAACUCAACAAUUAAUAAAUAUACUCUUGAU